AUAUUGGAGAUGGUCGAGGUAUUCCCGUGUCUGUUGUAAUCCUCUGUGUUCUUCUCUAUUCUCUCUCUGUGCAACCUCCUCCUCCAAUGGCGACUUCUGUGGCUUGGCUUCUCUUCCUCUACAUCGGCGCGGUUUCUUCUUUGCCUGGCACCUUGUCCUCCUCCGUCUGCCCUCUUCAAUCAGAUUUCUUGGUGGCCUUCCUCCAGUCUCAAUGUCCGCUCUCGCUUUCGUCUCACGCGCUUCUCGAUGUGGAUGGGAACUUCCUUGACAGAGCUUUGACUUCCAAACAAGGAAAUGGUUUUACUUCAGUACUUUUCCAUGCUUCCUGGUGCCCAUUUUCGUGCAAAAUGCGCCCGAAAUUUGAAGUCCUCAGUUCCAUGUUUCCUCAAAUUGAACAUUUGGCUAUCAAGGAAUCUUCAGCUAGUCCAAGCAUGUUCUCAAGAUAUGGAAUCCAUAGCUUACCCUCAAUAUUAAUAGUGAAUCAGACAUCAAGGAUGCGAUAUCAUGGUCCAAAAGAUCUUCCCUCCCUAGUCAAAUUCUAUAGGAAAACCACAGGGCUUGAACCAGUUCAAUAUUUUGCUGAGGAUCAAACCAUCAGUUUUGAGAAAUCUGAAGGGCAGUCCAUUUUGCAACCAUGGAAUGGCUCAUAUGUGAAGGAGAUAUUUACAAGGGAACCCUACUUAGCAUUCUCUAUUUUGUUCUUCUGUUUAAGGGUAGUUUUGGCUUUAUUUCCAGGGUUGUUGUCUCAACUAAAAGCUUUCUGGGUGUUGUAUGUUCCCCAUCUGAACUUGGAAAUAUUUGGAGAGACAAGCCAAAUGUUGGGGCGUGUUCUUAACAUGAUUGAUGUGCAGAGGGUUUGGGCCAAGUUAAAACUAUGCAAAAUCAGGAACUUCCGUGAAGGUGCAAAGAGUGCUCGUGUUUGGGCAUCUUCCUUGGCUUCUGUUUCUUUGGGUGAAACCUCAUCUGGAUCAUCAUCGUGAGGUGGAAUUUGAGAUUCUAUGAGAAUCAAUCUCAGGGUAGGAAGAGCUUUAAUGUAGAGUUUUUACAUACUACCGUGAUGAAGAGGGACAGGUACUCUCUCCCCCUUCCUCCCUCCCUCCUCCCCGCCCUCUCUCUCUCUCUCUCUGAUUUUACUUCUCUUAAAUUUCAUUACUAGUGAUGGUAACUGAAGUCAGUGUCCCUUAAUUUCCUUUUUGAGUUGGGUUCUUUUUUGGGGAAGCAAACAAGCAUGUAAAUCUGAGAACAGCUGUGUUUUGUGUAUAAUAUGUCAUUUGGAGGAACAUCUCUACUUUACACAUCAGUGGAAUGUAAGCAUAUAGAUCUUCUCCCUCUCUC